AGAGCUUUCCCGGUGCUUUAUUUCUUCUUGCUUCAGAUUUGUUUGUUCUCUCUCGGUUCUUCCUUUUCAUGUCAAUUUACUUCCUCUGAAUUUGCUACUCUCGUUUGCACGCAAGGAGCUUCAUUCGGAACUUGGUUGCGUGCGCGGAAGCCGAUUGAAAUUGCCGCAUGCUUUUGCAGGGUCUAGCCGAUUCUCCACAGUGAGUGUUGGAGCUUCGCCUGUAGCUGAAGAGAUGGCUGUCAAAGAGGCUCCCAAGGAGAGCUUUUUGAAAUAUUACAAGCCCACUGGCUAUCACUUUGACACGGUAUCGCACCGUACUAAUUGGAUGCUGAUUUCGUUUUGUCCACCUUCUAUCCAGGUCGAGCUGAAAUUUGUUCUGUUUGAGAAAAAGACAACCGUGGUGUUUAAGAUCCGGGUUUUGCCGAGAAACUCAAGUGAAAGCCCGCCAUUGGUGUUGGAUGGUCGUGACGUGAAACUUCUCUUUGUUAAAAUCAACGACGAAGAACGGGAGCUGGAAGAAGUUGCGGUCACCAGCCGUCAUCUGACGCUGAAGUCACUUCCUGUUCAGCCUUUUCUCAGGGUUCUGGAUGUGAUAAGGAGGUCGUUUCAGGAGAAGAAUGGAUCAAAUGUGAUAAGGAGGGCGUUUCUGACGUGCUAUUGUCUUUCCUAGUGACUUAAGAAAGUCCAAGUGUUCGACUUAUCGUGGCUUGGUCAACCUUGGCAUUUGGCUUUUAAGCUUUUCACCAAGAGAGACACUAGCUAACUAAAGAGAGGAAAUUAUAUCGUU